AUGUCGUUCGAAAGCGUCAUGCCGCCGUACAAUGCCACGGAUCCGUCAGCCUCGUUCCUCAGCUCCUCGUGCCUAGACUUCCUCCUCAUCGAGCUCGUGCCGCUAGCUUUUCGCGUGACGAGGGAGCUUGACACAGCGCCGACAGGCGACACAGCGAACGGUACGGUCGCGGGGGCACCCUCGAGCACUGGUGGAGGUGCUUCAGCCGACGCGCUGUCGUUUGUGAGCCAUAGCCAGGGCGGGGGUGCAGCCGGUGGCAGUGCCGGUGGUCUCGCGCCGUCGAGCGCGGGUGGCGCGGCUGGGAGUAGCACAGCGCGGAAAAUGGACGAGGAUGAGGAGCGGGAUGCGGUCUUUUACCGGCUUGAGACGCUGGGGUAUCGCGUCGGGCAGGGACUCGUGGAGAGAUUCUCGAGAGACCGGCCGCGGUUCAACGACACGCUCGACGUCAUCAAGUUCGUCUGCAAGGACCUCUGGUCGCUGGUAUUUAGGAAACAAGUGGACAACCUCAAAACGAAUCACAGGGGCGUCUACGUCUUGACGGACAACUCGUUCAAGCCGUUCUCGAGGAUGAGCACAGAAGCCGGCGGGCAGGCCGUUGUUCGUGCACAACCGUUCCUCUGGUUCCCCUGCGGAAUUGUGCGCGGAGCCUUGGCGGCGUUGGGGAUCAACGCUACCGUUCAGGCCGAGACGAACGAACUACCGGCCGCCAUCUUUCAGAUCAAGACACUGCCGUCGAGUACAUAA